AAAGCCGGGCCUCGGAAUUCUCACUCCCCCCAUAGUAUUCAAAUUGUUUCUCACUCAAUAUGUAAUAAAUACAUUCAACCCUCUGCCAUUUCUUUUUCUAUGUAGUCCAGCAUCUUUCUACUUUCCUCUGCAUCUGCAGGCUCGCUAAAGGGUCCUCCAAAAUGAGGCUUUGCCUUUUUGUGGCUCUUUGUGUACUGGUUUUGUCAUCCCUGUCUGUACCUGCUUUCUCUGAUGAUUUAGUUAGGCUUGGCUUGAAGAAGCAACCCUUAGAUCUUCAUGGCUCUAAGGCUGCCAGGAUGGCAAGAUUGCAUGGUAAAUAUAAGAGUGGAGCAAAUGGCUUGCAUCAGGAUGAAGAUGUUGACAUAGUAUCCUUGAAGAACUAUAUGGAUGCUCAAUACUACGGAGAGAUCGGUAUUGGGUCGCCGCCUCAGAAAUUCACUGUGAUAUUUGAUACUGGCAGUUCCAAUCUCUGGGUUCCCUCGUCAAAAUGCAUUUUUUCAAUUGCUUGCUUAUUCCAUUCUAAAUACAAGCACUCCAAAUCCUCAACAUAUCACAAAGUUGGAAAACAUUGUGCGAUACGUUAUGGAUCUGGAUCUGUUUCUGGCUUCCUUAGUCAAGAUAAUGUCGAAGUCGGCGGUGUUGUGGUCAAGGAUCAAGUUUUCAUGGAGGCUACAAAAGAAGGAAGUCUUACAUUUGUGGCAGCACAAUUUGAUGGAAUACUUGGUCUUGGCUUCCAGGAAAUUUCAGUAGGGGAUGUAGUGCCAUUCUGGUACAAUAUGGUAGAACAAGGUCUUGCAAAAGAGAAAGUCUUCUCUUUUUGGCUUAAUCGGGAUCCAGAUGCUAAAGAGGGUGGUGAGAUUGUUUUUGGUGGUGUUGAUCCAAAGCACUUCAAGGGGGAGCAUACUUAUAUUCCCAUAACUCAAAAGGGUUACUGGCAGUUUGAAAUGGAAGAUUUUCUGAUUGCAAACCGAUCAACAGGUUUUUGUGAAGGUGGAUGUGCUGCUAUUGUGGAUUCUGGAACAUCUUUGCUUGCGGGUCCAACGACUGUGGUCACUCAAAUUAACUACGCUAUUGGAGCGGAAGGAGUUAUGAGCAUGGGAUGCAAACAAAUAGUUUCUGAGUAUGGAGAUCAGAUAUGGGAUCUUCUAGUUUCUGGGGUACAUCCUGACAAAGUAUGUUCUCAGAUUGGUUUAUGUGUUUUUGAUGGGGCUCAUUCUGUGAGUGCUGAAAUCAAGACAGUAGUUGAAGAUGCGAAUAAGGAGGAAACUUCUGCUGGGGGUAAACCUUCUUGUACGGCUUGUGAGAUGCUUGUUGUUUGGGUUCGGAACCAGCUGAAACAAAAGGAAACAAAGGAGAGCGUGUUCAAUUAUGUGAAUCAGCUUUGCCAGAGCUUGCCAAGUCCAAUGGGAGAAUCAGCGGUGGACUGCAAUAGCUUGUCCAAGCUGCCAAACGUUACAUUCAGAAUUGGAAGUAAAGAUUUCAGUCUCACUCCCGAACAGUAUGUUCUGAAAACAGGCGAGGGCCCAACCACCGUCUGCGUCAGUGGAUUCAUCGCUUUGGAUGUGCCAGCUCCCCGCGGUCCUCUCUGGAUUCUUGGAGAUGUCUUCAUGGGGAUGUACCAUACUGUGUUUGACUAUGGCAACCUGCAGGUGGGGUUUGCUGAAGCUGCCUAGCGAUCAUCUAUCUGCCUUGAAACUUUUGCAGCCAUGGUGCAUGCUCAAAUCAUUGGCUAGUUUGAUCAUGAUGCCUCAUGUUCAUGUUCAUGUUCAUCCUUAUGUGAAUUUGAUGUUGAGUUCAUUCUGUAUGUAUGUAUCUACUGUGUUGCUUAAAGAGACGAAUCUUUGUCUUCCAACUCUAUCUUGUACAAAACAUUUCCUUUAAACUACGUUUGUGGUAACUCUGGGUAUGCAUCAUGAUGUGUAAUAGUUCGUAAAUCACAUCAUGCAUGCAACUCUUAAAGAUAUUUGAUUUCUGGCUAUUAGUGUGGAA